AUGGCUGGCGUUCCAGAAAGAAUCGUCCAAGACGACGUCCUGCGCGAAAGCUUGCAGAAUCCAGAGGAGUUUUGGUUAUCGCAAGCAGAUCGGCUGUUCUGGCACACGAAACCAAAAGUUGCACUCCAGAAGGGGAGGAAAGCUCUUGAAAAUGGCAUUUCGCAUCCUACGUGGGACUGGUUCUCGGGUGGGGAAAUAUCGACAUGCUACAAUUGUGUGGACAGACAUGUUGCUGCGGGCAAUGGCGAUACUGUCGCUAUCUACUACCACAGCCCGGUCACCCAUGUCAAAGAGAAGUACACUUACAACAAUCUUCUGAGAGAGGUGGAGGCCCUGGCUGGAGCGCUGAGAAGAUAUGGCAUCAGGAGAGGCGACGUGGUAAUGCUUUACAUGCCCAUGAUUCCUGCAUCUAUCAUCGGUAUGCUCGCCAUAAAUCGUCUCGGCGCUAUACAUUCCGUCGUCUUCGGUGGCUUUGCUCCCACUGCCCUCGCUCAACGGAUAGACGACUGCAGGCCAAAGAUUCUUCUUACUGCCUCCUGUGGAAUCGUCGGCAAUCGACCUGCGAUCGCAUACCAGCCUUUGGUAGAAAAAGCAAUCCGCCUUUCAUCUCACAAACCAGAGAACGUAUGGAUCUGGCAACGCCCACAACUCCGCUGGACCACGAAGCCAUGGUGGUCGCGCGUAUGGUCAUUUUUCCGACGGAUCAUCGGCCUGCAGACAUCCACAAAACAAUCAGUCUGGCAAAACGUCGUUCAAAGGGCAAAGAACGAUCGGUUGAAGGCCGCAUGUGUGCCCAUUGGUUCAUCUGAACCUGUGUAUAUCCUGUAUACUUCCGGCACGACAGGCACUCCCAAGGGUGUCUUACGAGACGCAGGAGGCCACGCCGUUGGACUUUCGCUAUCGAUUGCUUCUGUGUUCAACAUUCAGGGUCCAGGCGACGUCAUUUUCACCGCAUCGGAUAUCGGAUGGGUGGUCGGGCAUUCUUAUAUUUGCUACGCGCCUCUGCUUGCGGGUGCAUCGACAGUGCUGUACGAAGGUAAACCCGUAGGUACCCCAGAUGCGAGCGCGUUUUGGAGGGUCGUGAAGGAGUAUGGUGUAACUACGAUGUUUACGGCGCCCACUGCGCUUCGAGCAAUACGAAACGAUGAUCCGGAGAAUACUAUGCUUGAGCACAUCGGCAAGAUGGGUGGACUGAAACAGCUGCGCGCUCUUUUCCUGGCGGGUGAGAGGAGCGAGCCGAGUCUGAUUGAGACUUACCAACAUUUACUGGAGAAGCAUGCGGCACCCAACGCCAGAUGCAUCGACAAUUGGUGGUCAACAGAAGUUGGCAGUCCCAUCACCGGCGGCGCAUUGAUGCCCAAUCUUGCGCUCGAAUUGCCGGAGAUGGAUCCCUCAUCUUAUGCACUCGUGUCCAGCAAACCGGGUAGCGCUGGUAAACCAAUGCCCGGGUUCGAUGUUCGGGUAGUAGAUGAUGCAGGCGAAGAGAUUGAGAGGGGUGCUAUGGGUAACGUUGUUCUGGGGUUACCACUCGCGCCUACUGCUUUUCACAAUUUAUGGAAUAACGACGAAAGAUUUUAUAGAAGCUACUUAGAAAGGUUCAACGGACGAUGGAUGGACACCGGAGAUAAUGGUUGGAUUGAUAAGGAUGGGUAUGUGUGGGUGAUGGGCAGAAACGAUGAUGUGCUUAAUGUAAGCGCGUACAGAUUGAGCAGUGGUUCCAUCGAGCAGGCUGUGAUAUCUCAUCCGCUAGUUAUUGAGGCCUGCGUUGUGGGUAUUCCUGACGCAUUGAAAGGGCAAUUGCCAUUCGCCUUCAUCACGCUCUCUACCUCGUCAUACCACUCGUCGCCCAUUCCACCUUCUGAAAUCUACCGAGAGAUACAAAAAUUGGUGCGCGAACAAGUUGGGGCCUUUGCUUCACUUGGCGGCAUCAUUCAAGGCUCCGGAACUAUCCCCAAGACAAGAAGUGGAAAGAUUCUGCGGCGGGUACUCAGAGAGUUGCUUGAGAAUGGAGUUAAUAAUGAUUUUGAGAAGGAGGUAGGAAUUCCGAGUACGAUCGAAGACGUCAACACUGUGAAUGUCGCCCGGACGAGAAUACGGGAGUACUUCGAGUUGAGCAAUGGGAAACACAAGGCACUGGAGAAGGCAAAGUAA